ACACAAAAAUGAACCUCCUCAGAUCUUACACCGGCAUACAAAGUGACUUCUAGGCGUCAAACAGAAUUAGAGGCUGUGCUAUAAGAAGAAACAACCCCACGUUUCCUUUUUGCUGCUAAUCGCUCAAUUUGGACUUUUAUUUUAAGCAGAGAGCGGAAACCGGUGUAGUCUGUUGCGGCUAGUUUCACACAGCGCAGCCAUCAGAUUGGGAAGGCUCCGAUUCACAGAGUCUGACACAAAGCCUGUGUUGUCAGUGUUUGUCAGGGUUUAUUUUGUUUUAUCACAGGGGUUAAAUCCGUCCUCCGAAAGAAAAGAAGAUACUUUUUUUUUCGUCUGACUGUCUCCUCGCUUUUACCGUUGCUAGCUAGUGUGAAAGUGGCUAAUAGCUGGACAGCGUUAACGCUCAAUAGGAGCUAACGUUAACGUCAGCUCGGAACCGAAAAUCAUCAUUGGUGCUGGUUUGACGGUAAUUUUGUAAUUAAAAGAGCUCCAAACGCCGGUAUAUUCAGUCCUACGGAGGCUCAUAGACAACCAUGAAAAAGAACUAGCUGUAGGCUAAUGUAUAGCGAGCUAUAUCGUUUGUAUUCGCUCUCCUCACUGCCACGGUGCUGUGUAGCUGUCCACGUCUAGUCUCGUCUGCUGUGUUUAACGUUGCCAGCUGAGCUAGGCCACGUCCCUGCGGGCGUAUUUCAUCUACUGACAUUGGACGAAUUGCAGAGAAGAUGCCCAGUGUGCGGAAGGAGGAAGGAGAGUAAAGAUCGGAAGAAAUGUGACAAGUCUUGAACAUUCAUGACUCUCUCUGUCUGUGCUGGUGUUUGCAUUUCUGAGCGCUUGCCGCAUAUACACGACAUGUCACGUAGACGGAUGUGUUUUACGCCGGGACAUCAGUAGGUUGCAGUAACAACCUGAAGUAACGUUGUAUUUUUUUUUUUCUUUUUUUGUGUGUGAAAUGGUUGGGUUUGGUGCAAACCGACGGGGAGGCCGCCUCCCGUCCUUCAUCCUCAUCUUCUUGAUGGUGAUCAUCGCCAUACUGUCUUUCAACUACUGGACAGUGUCCAACAAGCACGGCCGCUUGCUGGAUGAGCUGGCGGAGGUGCAGACGCAGGUGAAGCGCACGGACGCUGCACGGAGCCGGCUGGAGAAGCGGAACUCUGAGCUGAUGGUGCAGGUGGACACUCACAGGAAGCAGAUAGACCAGAAGGAUGGAGACUACAGCGUGCUGGAGGGCAAGCUGCAGGCCCGAGAGGCGCUCAUCAAAAAGUGCACAGAUGAAAAGAUGAAGCUGCAGAAUGAUGUCACAGCCCAAAUGACAGAAAUCCAGAGGCUGAAAGAGCAGUUAAAGGAUCUGAAGCAGGAGUUCAUGAAACAGGAAGAGCAGCUAAGAGAGGUGAAGAAAAAUAGCACUACCUUGGAGAGAAAGCUGGAGUAUGAAAGUUUACAGUGUGGACGUCAGAUGGCACAAUUGAAAGAAGAGUAUGAAGAAACAAAGAAGACUCUGGAGGAAGAAGCCUCAAAGCUAAGACGAAGUGUAAUGGAUGGACAAAAGGGUGUAGCGACAGGAAGACAUGCAGACGGAGGUCCUGGUGUGGAAUUGGUUGGAGAGCGCCAUACAGUGGCCACUCGCCGGCAUGACAGUCCAGAUUUAAAAGAAGAGAUGGGUAAGCCUGGCAGUGAUGCUGGCAUGCCUGGUAUUGAAGACAGUGAGGUGGGAAAAAUCGAUGAUGUGCAAUUUGCCUUGAAGAAACCAGCCAUCACUCAGAAGCACGAUGAUGCCAAUGAUGUGGUUGUGGGCGCUGGUGCUGGACCUGGAGUCGGGGCAGCUGACGGUCCUGGGGGCCAGGGCCUGUCUCUGGACCAGCCCAGGCUCCAGCAGGACAGAGUGGAGGGCCGAGCAGCAUUGGUUGCACCUCCGGGCGUCAUCAAACAGGCAGACAAACCGAUAGUCUUUGAAGAAGACAACAAGGCAGGUAUCAAGGCAGAUGAGCUGGGAGAACAACAAAAACAACUUCGAGCUCCUGAUAAUGUCAAGGGUGGUGGUGAACACUUGAAGGGGAUUCCUCUGCCACCCAACCCUGCCCAGGUACCCAACCCCAUCCAGCCUCACCACGCCAAAGACCAAGUACCAGCAGAGCCAGUGCACCACCGCCAAAGCCGGUUCUUUGAUGAGAACGAGUCCCCAGUAGAUCCGCAACACGGCUCUAAGCUAGCGGACUACAAUGGGGAUGAUGGGAACGUGGGUGAGUAUGAGGCCGACAAGCAGGCCGAGCUGGCCUACAAUGAGGAAGAGGAUGGUGAUGGUGGGGAGGAAGACGUUCAAGAUGAUGAUGAUCGAGACAUGCAGGGAGAUCGGGCUGUGGAUUAUGGGAAAAGACAUCAAGCCAUUGACAUUCUCUGAAUGGGAACUCGUACAGCUGCAUCUCAUUAAAAUAUUCAGACCGUCCUCUACAACCAAGCUCUUUGAACAUCAACAUGUUUAAGAAUUUAUAGGGUGCAUCCUCAAUGUCAUGGACUACUUUGAAAAACAGACAUUGCAACUAAUGAAUUAGAAUAACAUAACAACACAAGAAAAAAAUCAUGGCAUUGUCCUGAGCUGCUGUUGAUUUGCUAAUGGUUCUAAGUUAUGACAGUUGAGAUGAUAUACUGUACAUUGACUGUUUAGUUUUGUUAUUGGAUGAUUGACUGGCUCAGUUCAUAACUGAGUGGUCUAAUAGGACCCCGUUGACUCAUCUGAACUUCAACAUCAAUCUGUUUUUGUUUUUGCUCCUUUUCUUUUCAGAUUUCUGUUGCCUGAUAUAAACAAACUCUUCACCUGAGAUGUAUAUCAAAGACUAAUUUGGCAUUCUGCCUCUCUAACAUAAUUAUGGGACUCUUACCUGGAUGACUUUUUUUUGUUUUUGUUUACAGGAGUGGAAAUGCAUUACAAAUGCCAAGGACUUUUGCUUAUGGGUCAUUAAAUCAAUUUCUUUUCUUUGUGACAGACACUCAGAAGUGCUCCUCAUUCUGUUUUCUAAAUGAUGCCAUUGCAUGCAUUCGAGACUUUUUUUUGUUAUUAUUAAUAAUCAAACUGAGCAAAAUACUGAUGCUUAAGCAAUACUUAGAGCAAUGUUAGUAUCCUCCACAAUGUGCAAAGACUAACCAAGCACAUAUGGAACUGACAUACUGUACACAUGCUUCCAUUAAUGAGGUAUCUUGUACAUAAUGUAGUUGAACUGUUGCUAUUUGUACUGAGGAAACCUAAUUCCUCACCUUUAGGGAAAUCCGUUAACAUGAAUCCGUUCUAUUUGUGCGGCCAGGAAAAAUUUAUUUCUCAUGGAAAGGCACAUUGAAUGUAAUUUAAUUUUAUUAAAGGUGAUGCUUCAUGUCA